AUCUAUCUAUCUAUCUACUCCUAGAAGUCACAACAGUUGACUGUCUAACAUAGUUCCUCUAAAGCCGGUUAAAACCCACUUGUGACCGCUGAAGUCGGGACACCAUUUAUACUGUACGUGCCUCUCACAUGACUGUGUGAAGAUAAAGAAGGAAGUUGUCCAUUGCAGAACCAACUCCUGGCACUGAGAUUAUCAUCAUGCAGGUGGUAUCUACAACCAACACACGCUGUUUCAGGUUGCUUACGUGGUUGUGACAAUUACCAACUUAUUUUAGGAAAAGGGAUUAGUAUUGUUUUUUUUCAAAAAGAGUAUCCACACAGUUGCUGUUUUGGAGGCAUUUCCACCCUAACAGGAAGGGUUUCUUUAUUACUUAUUUCCAAUCUUUGUAUGAAAAUGGACAUACCAGAGCAAAAUAUUGGCUGGCAUUAGUUCCAAGAACCCUCACUUUUGUGUGUGUGUUUAGGCAAAGUUGGUGCUUUUUGGCUUCUUAUUCUAGACCAGCAGUAAAGGUUAGGCCAUAAAAGAUGAUGAGAAGGAGAAAUCCCUUUUCCUUCUCCUUCAACACAGUUGGUCAGUGCGGUAACCACUUCACUUUGCUUGCAACGCUUUGUGCGCUUGCCAUCUCUCAUUUGCUGUAAUGGUAUUCUCCUUUGAUUAGAUUCCCAGCUCCUCUCUCCUCUGACCCUUUUAUGCAGCAUCGUACAGCAUCACAGAGCCGGAUCUGCACUUAGAAGCUGAGACACCAGAGCAGAAUCCUAAAGCACACGUUCCAAGAGCAUGGUGCUUGGAGAGUUGUCUCGGGUCUCCAGGCCCUGCUCUCCUCUGGAUCAGGAGAAAGCACUAAAAGCAGGCUGGCUGAAGAGACAACGGAGUAUCAUGAAAAACUGGCAACUGCGUUGGUUUGUCCUGAGGACUGAAGCUCUGUAUUUCUACAAGGACCAGGAUGAAACCAAGGCACAGGGUUGUAUUCCUCUUCAGGGCAGUCAGGUCAAUGAGCUGCCUGCCAAUCAGGACGAGCCUGGACGUCACCCUUUUGAAAUUGUUCCAGGGGGAGCAGGAGAAAAGGAUCGAGCAGGCAUAAGCCACGAAUCCUUGCUGCUGAUGGCCAACUCUCAGAGCGACAUGGAGGACUGGGUCAGAGCCAUACGGAGAGUCAUAUGGGCUCCACUUGGAGGAGGUGUCUUUGGGCAGCACCUCGAGGAGACAAUGUUGUACGAGGCCCAGUGUGGCCCUCAACUCCUAGUCCCAGUGCUGGUCGAACAGUGUGUGUGUUUCAUACGUGAACAUGGGCUCAAGGAGGAGGGUCUUUUCAGGGCCCCUGGACAGACCAAUCAUGUUCGAGAGCUGCAAGAUGCCUUUGACCGUGGCGAGAAGCCAGUGUUUGACAGUACCACGGAUGUCCACACAGUGGCAUCACUGCUAAAGCUGUACAUUCGGGAGCUGCCAGAGCCCAUAAUCCCGUUCUCCAAAUACACACAGUUUCUCUCUUGUGCUCAGCUUCUUUCCAAGGACAAAGCAAUGGGUAUCAUAGAGCUAAGCAAACAAGUGAAAUCCCUUCCGCAGGUCAACUACAACCUCCUUACAUACAUCUGCAAGUUUCUAGACGUGGUUCAAUCUCACUCCAAUGAGAAUAAGAUGAGUGUUCAGAAUCUGGCCACUGUGUUUGGACCCAAUAUCCUUCGGCCCAGAGUGGAAGAUCCAGUUACCAUGAUGGAGGGAAGUUCACAGGUGCAGCACCUCAUGACUGUGCUAAUCAGUGAACACACCCGACUUUACCAACGGGAGGAGCCGGAAACUGAGGCCAAGAUUCCCCCAAUGCAACAGCAGAGUCCUCUCCAACGGUGCAAAGUGGAAUGGCUCUCCCAAGAAGCCACUGACCCGCCACCUUCCUCAGGCACAGGCUCCAAAACUCCUACAGAGGAACCCCAAUCUUUCACCACUUGUACAAACAGUACGCCAACUGCACCAAGCGUCACUACAACAUUGGAGAAGGGUGCGGAUGGUCAGAUUGAAGGGAAGGGCAAAAGUAAGACAGAAGAGAAAGUUGAUGGAAACGCAGAUUGCAAAGCUGAUGGAAAAGGUGGAAGUGAAGUAGCUAUAAGCCCCAGUAAACAGUCUAAAGCCCUGCCCUCCUGGAGGUGCUCCUUCAAAGGCGGUGCAGCAUCUGGGGGGCAGAGGGGUAAAAUAGGGGGCUCAGCGGGGGAUGUGUCAGCAGCUGGUGGGAGCAACUGGCUGGUGAAUGGCCUGUCGUCCCUCCGAGCUCACAGGCGCACAAUCUCAUCCGCUGAAAGACUUAAAGACCCUACCCUGAAGGAUUCAACGCUCUCCCUUAAAGAGACAACUCUUCCACUUAAGGACACACAGAGAGACUCUGAUGAAGACUCCUCUCAAACGCCCUUGUCUCACAGAGCCCUCCACCAGUCCCACAGACUGUCUGCCUAUGACAAUGUUGCCCCCUCCAGUCUAAGCCUGCCUGCUGACACUUCCUCUAUCUGGACGUCCUUUGAGAUCUCGUUGGCCGAGCCACAGGAAAACGAUAAAACAGGAAAAUUGGGGCAGGGUCAAGAGAGACCCACAGACGUGAGAGACAGUGCAAGUACUCUGGAUCACAGUGCAAGUGGUACUGAAGAUGAUCUCACAGGAACAGAUGAAGGUCUCACCAAGAUGCUGACUGAGGUCAAGCAAGAGCUGAAGAAACAGAGGAUUAGCUAUGAAGCCAGCAUUCGCAAGUUGGAGGAGUCCUGUUCUAAGUACCAGUCCCAGGUAAACCGCCUUGAGGAGGAGCUGGACCAAGAGAAGAAGAAGUUAUACAUGCUGGAGAUCCGACUCAGGAACUCGGAGAGGGCACAUCAAGACGCGGAGAAUAGAAAUGUUCUCCUUCAGAAAGAGAUGGAGGAGUUCUUCAAAACCCUUGGAGAUCUGACCACAGGAGCAUCACGGACCAACUAGACCAGACCAACCUGCCUUCAUCUGGUCCAUCAGAAGAGGAGCUUGAUUACUGGGAAGACUAGUCAGCCCCAAAGCUUUGAAGACCAAAUACCUCUAGCGCAGUACUACUUGCCAUCGUGUCCUCUUUAGUACAGCCGUCUUGUGCCUACACUGACUAGUGCCGGUGCCAAACAAGAACUCCUCUGGACCAAGAAAGCAUUUUACCAUUCCACAAAAUUCAUUAAUAUUACACACCAUAGACCAUGGAGCUUAUUAUUUCUUGACUAAAUUCCUUUGUAAGAGAGCAGAAAAAAGCUGUAUUGAUUACAUGAGGUUCAGUCUUCCCAUACACACCCUGUUCAUUUCACUUUAGAGCUCAUGUUUUUGAAAGAAAUGUUAGCUUGACAGUAAGAGAAAGAACAAGGCAACACAUUAAAAUUUAAAUCUUUUAUUUGCUGGAGUUGAAGGUAGACAGUUUCUGAUGUAUGUAAUCGUCUGUUAGUGAGGCAUUUUCAGAUCUAAAGGCUAAACGUCACACAACUGGGCUGAGCAAAACACACCACAACAGGUCUGCUGUCAUAUUAGCCAAACCAUCAGAAGACUGCAGCAUUAUCCCAGUAGUGCUGAAUGGCUUUCCUCUAAAUAUACCUGCACUAAAACCAGAGAAAACUCAUGCGUGGUCUAUUCUAUCUUUUCUAUUUUUGAAGAGGUGGAGAAGAGGAAAAUAACAUAAAAAUAAGAGAAGGCCACAACAGUUAGUUGAGAUGUGGCCCAGAACAGGUCAGGGCAUGCGUCACAAUCCCCAAAGUGCAUUCUGGGAGCUGAUGCAAGGGGUUACUUCCUGGAGUGCCCAACCAUUAAAAAGAGCAAAAGGACAUUUUGGGAAUUUGAGCAAUCAACUACAUCCAAGAUUACCAUGGCACGUUUCCUGACUCUCAGAAAACACACAUACAUCUACAGUAAAAUGUACAGAUCAAUGACUGGCUAUAUUAAUCUAUGAAUUAUAUUGCACAGAAAACAAA